GUCCUCAGUGCGAGGGUGGGCUGGCACCGGUUUGGGGCGGGGGUCUUCCCUUCACCACCCGCCGUGCCCCCUCCCCAGAUCCACACCGGCAGCAUGGAGCCGCCCCCUCCCCGCCCGCUCCGGCGACCCCCGGAGACCACGGCGGAGCCUCGCCUGCCGCCGGCCGUGCCCGGCGCUACCGGCGGCUCGGGCGGCGCCGGUACCGAGCAGCGGCGGCUGCGGUUCCGGCAGUUCCGCUACCAGGAGGCGGCGGGGCCGCGGGACGUGUGGCGGAGGCUGCGGGAGCUGUCGCGGCGCUGGCUGCGGCCCGAGGAGCGCAGCAAGGAGCAGAUCAUGGAGCUGCUGGUGCUCGAGCAGUUCCUCAGCAUCCUGCCCGAGGACAUCCAGAGCUGGGUGUGGGUGCGGCACCCCGAGUCCUGCGCGCAGGCCGUGGCCCUGGCCGAGAGCUUCCAGCUGGCCCGAGCGGAGCCCGAGGGGCUUUGGGAGCAGCAGGUGCGAGGGGGGACGGAUUUUGGGGUGCUGGCCCCGGACUGGGAAUAA